GUCAGUGUCAUAAGCAGUAUUUGUUGGAGACGACCGGAGACGUGUGAUAUUUGAAUUGUAUUUUUUCAUAACUUUGCUGCUUGCCACAUUGCUCAUACAUUUCGUCAUUUUCUUCCUUUUGUGGUCUUAUUGUUCCAAAGUUAUUCGUUUACUAUUUAAGAUAUGGCUGCCGAUUCCGAAGUACUGCUGGCACAGUUCCAAGCUCUUGGGAUGAGCGAACAAAAGGCCAAAGAAACCCUUAAAAACGCCAACGUUACACGAAAUUUACAAUUGGCCCUUAAGGAAUGUGAAAUUACAACUCUAGGCGAGGGAGUUGGAAUGCUCCUCUAUCACAUGGCCUCAAAAAUAAAACCGCAAAUCAUCGCAGAACUGCCACUACUCAGUAAGUAUAUAGUCUCAAAGAAACUCGACUCGAUUAUGCGAAUCGAUGCCGCUCUCGAGUACCUUCUCAAAGUUGGUCACAAAAAGGAUGCUGUGAAUAUUGAAGAGUUCGAGAAGGAAUGUGGAGUUGGUGUUGUAGUCACACCGGAAGAGAUUGAUCGGGCUGUAGAGGAACAAAUACGUCUGCACAAAGAAGCUCUUCUGGAACAGCGUUAUCAUUUCAAUGUUGGCAAGGUCAUGCAGGAAGUGCGCAACCAACUGAAGUGGGCAGACGGCAAAGCUGUGAAAUCUGAAAUCGAAGUUCAAAUUUUUGACCUUCUUGGCCCAAAAACUGAGGCAGAUCUUAAACCUCUUCCGAAACCCGAUAAGAAGAAAGAAAAGGCUAAAUCUGUGGCUGCCAAUCCAGCAAAUCAAGCUGCAGUCAAAAAAGAAACAGCCGACAUUGAUUCGGAUGGUGCAAACACUAUUGCCGAACUUAUGAAAACCAAAGUGCACUUCCAUGCUCCUGGAGAGAACUAUAAAACUGAUGGUUAUGUAGUAACGGACAAAACUGAAGCAAUUCUUAAGGAACAUCUACGCCAGACCGGGGGAAAGGUAAGAACCCGAUUCCCUCCAGAACCAAAUGGAAUCCUCCACAUUGGCCACGCCAAGGCAAUCAACAUAAACUUUGGAUACGCAGCAUCCCAGAACGGCAUUUGUUUCCUACGCUACGACGAUACCAAUCCCGAAAAAGAGGAAGAGAAAUUCUUUGUCGGAAUCAAGGAUAUGGUCGAGUGGCUUGGAUACAAACCAUACAAAAUUACUCAUUCUUCGGAUAACUUCCAGCAGCUGUACGAGUGGGCUAUAGUUUUGAUCAAGAAGGGUCUUGCCUAUGUUUGCCACCAAAAAGCGGAUGAAAUGAAAGGUUUUAACCCGAAGCCAUCAGAGUGGCGUGAUCGGCCUAUUAACGAGAGCUUACAGCUAUUCCAGGACAUGAAGAAUGGUAAAAUAGAUGAAGGAGCCGCAACACUACGACUAAAAGUUACUUUGGAGGAGGGCAAAGUUGAUCCAGUAGCCUACAGGAUUAAAUUCAUACCACAUCAUCGCACGGGCAAUCAAUGGUGCAUCUAUCCAACCUACGAUUACACUCAUUGUCUGUGUGAUUCGCUGGAGAACAUCACUCACUCCCUUUGCACCAAGGAGUUCCAAUCGCGUCGUUCAUCCUACUAUUGGCUAUGCAACGCCCUGGAUAUCUAUUGUCCGGUUCAAUGGGAAUAUGGCCGACUCAACAUGAAUUACGCUUUGGUUUCGAAGCGAAAAAUUGGCAAGCUUAUCACGGAAGGCAUUGUCAAUGACUGGGACGAUCCAAGACUUUUCACGUUGUCCGCUUUGCGUAGACGAGGAUUCCCCGCUGAGGCUAUCAAUAACUUCUGUGCCCAAAUGGGUGUGACAGGAGCACAGAUUUCAGUGGAUCCGUCUAUGCUGGAGGCAGCUGUUAGAGAUGUUCUAAACGUCACAGCCCCCAGACGAUUGGUUGUACAGGAGCCGCUCAAAGUAACACUCUCCAAUUUUCCCCACAAAUCAGCCAUAGAGGUUGAAGUGCCGAACUUCCCUUCGAAUCCUGAAAAAGGAUCUCAUCGCAUUGUCCUCGAUCGUGUCGUUUACAUAGAACGAAGCGAUUUCAAAUUGACUCCGGAAAAAGGCUAUCGACGUCUAUCACCAGAGCAAUCAGUGGGUUUGAGACACGCUGGACUCGUGAUCUCAGUAAGCGAGGUAAAGAAAGAUUCAGAUGGCAAAGUUAUUGAGUUGAUUUGCAAAUGUGAAGAAUCCGAGAAGGCGGAAAAACCCAAAGCAUUCGUCCAAUGGGUUUCCCAACCAAUCGAGAUAGAAGUGAGGCUAUAUGAAUUACUCUUCAACCACAAGAACCCAGAGGACCCUAAUGAAGUUCCUGGAGGUUUCCUAAGUGACUGUAAAACGGACACUGUUACUACCCUGCGGUCGUAUGUUGAUCGUGUUAUGACUGGUGUGAAAGUGUAUGAUAAGUUCCAGUUCGAACGAAUUGGUUUCUUCUCUGUUGAUCCAGACACCACUGACGACUUGAUUGUGUUCAAUCGAACUGUUGGUCUCAAAGAAGAUGCUGGCAAGAAAUGAAAAUAAAACAUUGUUUGUUUUUUU